AUGACUGAACAAUUAUCGAAACAUAAUAACAUUUAUUCAUCAUAUUCAUCAGUUCAUGAUAUGAUUAGAAAAUUUAAUAUACUUGGAAAAGUAAACGAUUCUGCAUUUGUACCAAUUCAAUUACAACAUAACACACAUUUACUAUCAUCACCAAGUUCAACACAUAGAUCAACAAUGAGUAAACAUGAUUCAAAUCUAAAUGAAAUUGAACAGAAAAAGAAAUCAUCAAAUGAAAUAUUAACUCUACCAAAAAUAUCAACAACAUCAGUUCAUUUUCAAUCUAAUCUACAACAAAAAAGCAUUUCAAAUUUAUCAAAUUCUGAUAUAAAUAAGAAAAAUACAGAACUAACAUCCGUUUCAGUUGAUACUUCACCAACUGUUAUCUAUAAAGAACUUCAAAGUCCAGUGAAUAAUAGUCAAUCAAAUUCAAGACAUAAUAGUUUUGAUGAUAUUGAAUUAAGAUUAAUCGAAACCAUAGAUACGCGAAAACAAAUAAUUGAUAAUCAUAAUAAUAUUCAAUAUUCAUCAUCAUUUAUUGAAAAUUAUGAAGUAAAUGAUAUCCAACAACAGCCAAUAGAUAUGUCUUCUUCUCCUGGACUGCCACCACCACCGCCACCACCAGUUUUUGCAUUGCCACAUGUUCAACAAGAAUCGACUUAUCACCCAAAACGAACACUUAAAUUAUCAAAUUUUUUAUUGGAAAUAGGUGUAUUAAUUACUAUUUUUAUUGUAUGCAUGGUACUUGUCUUAGCUAUACGACAAGAUCAAGUAAAUCUUCGAAUAACAAAGCAGGUUGUUUAUACAUAUAUUUAUUUUGUUUCAAUUAUUUGGAUGAUAUGGUGUACAUUUGAUAUAAUAAAAUUUCGUCAACAAUGGAUGGAAUUAACAUCAUCAGUUCAUGAUCAAGAAGAAUAUAUGCAUAUAGUUGAACAUUAUCCACAUAGAAUAUCAUAUUUUCCUGAUAUGUAUAAUACUAGUGGUUUAUUUAUGAGGAUUGGAGCUGGAUUACUUUGUAUGUGUAGUCUUAUAUUGAAUGUUAUACAAUUAGUAAAAACAAUUGAAAUAAUACGAACUGGUUCAAAACAAAAUGAACUACUUUUAAUUAAUUAUUCACAAUCAGUUUUUAUAACUAAAUUAAUUACUUUUAUAUUUCGUUUUCUUUUUCAUUGUGUGCAAUUUAUAUUUUUAUUUCGAUAUGGAAAUAUUGUUAUUGAUCGUUAUCAUUUAAUGGCAAAAAUUGGUCUUAUUCAUAUAAUUAUUGCUAAUUUUUGUACUUGGUUUGAAGCUAUUGUAAUUGAAACAUUGGAUGAAUUACGUAAACAUUCAAAUAGUAUAAAAUCAGAAAAUAUACCAAUGAUUUUCAAUACAACAAAAAUAAAUAAAACAAUAAGUUCAAAAUCAGAUGAAAGGGCAUCUAUUUCAUGUAUAUCUUUUGGUAUGAUCAAUUGUCUUAAAGAAAUUUCUGCUGAUGUUUCAAUUAACAGAUCUUUCUCCAAUAGUUUACAUAAUACUACAACAAAUUCUCUUAAAUUGAUUGAAAAAAUUGAAUCAAUAAUGAGUGUUUAUUUAUAUCCAUGUUUCAUUGAAUACAGUCUUAUAUGUGUAACUGUAUUUUAUAUUAUGUGGCGUAAUGUUGGCAAAAAUGAAAAUCGAUCAUUUUUACAUUUUGGUGAUCGUCAUAUAUUUACAGUAGAUUGUUCUCGUGCAUCUCAUGGUUUACUUCUUGGAGGCAUUAUUUUUAUAUUAACUAUAUUAACACUUAUACCAGUUUAUAUUCUUAAUUCAACAUUAACAAUUCUAAUAACACAUAUAACGGAACUUAUUUUACUUGUUGUUUCAUUAUUAAUUGUUUGUAUAUCAUUUUCUUAUACAACAAAACUUUAUUAUGAUCGACAAGCACAUGUUGAUGUAUUCGAUCAAAUAUUAAUUUUAGUAACAACAGUUGGUGAUUUUGCUUAUUCAUUUUUUGGUUUAUUUGCAUCGAUAUUUAUUGAAUCGUAUAGAAUUCAAUUUUCAAGAUUUAUUGCAAUAGUUAUAGGUUUUUUAUCUAUUUUACAAACAUUUUUACAAUCUGGUUUUAUUUUGGAUACUUUAAAACGACGAUUAAUUACAAAAAGUGAAAUAAGAAAAAAACCAGGACGAGAAUUAAUAACUGCCUUAUUAUUAAUUAAUCUCGCUAUAUGGAUGCAUGAUUCAUUAUCAGCAAAUAAAGUUAAACUUAAUCCAAUACAAACUGAAUAUUAUAAUAGUAGAACAUGGUCAUUAGUUCAAGCAUUUACAUCUCCAUUAUCAAUAUUUUAUCGAUUUCAUUCAAGUUAUAUUUCUUUUUAUUCAAAACUAUUUUACAAAAUUAUCUCAGGCAUAAUGGCAACUUCGAAUAAAAAAAGCUCAACAUCUCACGAUGUCAGUACAGAUACAGAUGACUCUGAUUGUGCAAAAAAUUGUUCAGAUUCUAAUAAUAAUAGUGAAAGUUCAUCAUCAUCUAAGUAUCGAGGAACGAAACGAAUCAAUAAUAAAAUAAAACCAUGUCUUGUACAAAAAACAUCAACAAGUGAUGAAGAACUUCAAUUACAUGAAACUAAUCAAAUCAAAUUAUCAUCAACACAUAUGGGACGUUCAAAUGAACAACCAACACAUGGAAUUCUUAAAGUUCCUAGUGGAUCAACAAGUCCAGAAUUACAAGUACCAAAUCAUCCAAUAAAACCUUUAAAAAUAAAAAAUAAAUCAAAAUCAUCAUCACCAACUUCAACAAAUGAUCAUUCAUCAAAUAUAAAUGGUGCUCCAAUUCAUCAAAAUCAUCGUAAUCGUCAUAGAACUAUUGAUGAUAAUCGAUCAAGUCCAAAUAAAAUUCAAACAAAUAAAAAAACUCAAGAACAAACAAUUGUAUCAACAUCAACAACAACAAAUAAUUCUGAUCGUAUUACAAUUGUUGUUGAUGAAACAAGAUUUGUUAUUGAUCCACAAUUAUUUCGUGCACAUCCAAAUACUAUGCUUGGAAGAAUGUUUAGUACAUCAUGGGAAACAUCACUCAUACCUAAUGAACGAGGAGAAUAUGAAAUUGCUAAUGGAAUAUCAGCAACUAUAUUUCGAAGUUUAUUGGAUUUUUAUAAUAUUGGAACAAUACGUUGUCCACCUUCGGUUAGUAUACAAGAUUUACGUGAAGCAUGUGAUUAUUUUCUUAUACCAUUUGAUCAAUUAACAAUUCAAUGUCAAGAUUUAUGUGGAUUAUUACAUGAAUUAUCUAAUGAUGGUGCAAAAAAACAAUUUGAAAUGUUUCUUGAAAAUGAUAUUUUCCCUGUGCUUGUUGAAUCUGCUCAACGCGGUGAUCGCGAAUGUCAAAUAGUGAUUUUAUGUGAUGAUGAUCUCAUCGAAUGGGAUGAUGAUUAUCCACCACAACUUUGUCAGGAAGAAGAUAAAGCUCAAAUUAUACGUUCAACUGCAAUGUAUCGAUUUUUUAAAUAUAUUGAAAAUCGUGAAGUAGCUAAAUUGGUGCUAAAAGAUCGUGGUUUAAAAAAAAUUCGUAUGGGAAUUGAAGGUUAUCCAACACAUAAAGAAAAAGUUCGUUGUCGUCCUCGUGCUAGACCAGAAGCUAUUUAUAGUUAUAUUCAAAGACCAUUUCUUCGUAUGUCUUGGGAAAAAGAAGAAGCUCGAUCACGUCAUGUUGAUUUUCAAUGUGUACGAAGUCGGUCAGUGAAUAGUCUUAUUGAUGCAAAUGAUGAUCAAAAUUCUGGUAAUGCUCUACUUUUUCCAUUUCUAGAAAUUGCUCAAAAUCAAAUAAUUCCACCACCACCAUCACCUAGAGAACUAUUUCCUGCAUUAGCACCAUUUUCUUCAUCAGGACUUCUAGGCGAUACAUCAUUAACCGAUUAA